CGCACACACAAUUAUAGGCAAUUGUCUGUCUGUCUGUUAGUCUGUUAGUCUGUUAGUCUGUCUGUCUGUCUAUUUGCCUCUCUCUCUCUCUUUAUACAAGAUAGAACAAAGAAGAAUAACAACAAAAUAAAUAAAUAUAUAUCUAUAUAAUACUUGUGUGGAUUUUACGAUUACUUGGAUUCCAUACUCAAAAACUCAACAAAAGAAGUAUAAUAAUAAACGAUUCAAUGGGUGCCUUGUUCAGCAAAGUAUUAGGAAGACUCUGGGGUGAAAAAGAAGUCCGGAUAUUGAUUCUUGGUCUAGAUGGUGCAGGAAAGACAACAAUUCUUUACAGACUACAGAUUGGAGAAGUUGUUUCUACUAUUCCAACAAUCGGAUUCAAUGUCGAGACCGUUACCUACAAGAACAUCAAGUUUCAAGUCUGGGAUUUGGGAGGCCAGACAAGUAUUAGACCUUAUUGGCGUUGUUAUUACUCCAAUACAGAUGCAGUUAUCUAUGUAGUUGACAGUGUAGACAAGGAUCGUAUGCAGACAUCCAGAGAGGAGCUACACGCAAUGCUAGAAGAGGAAGAACUCAAGGAUGCUGCAUUGUUGGUAUUUGCUAAUAAGCAGGACAUGGAAGGUGCACUUUCAGCAGCACAAGUCACAGAGGCUCUUGGACUAUCUACACUCAAGAACAGACAAUACUCGAUUUACAAGACAAGUGCACUCAAGGGAGAAGGAUUGACAGAAGGGUUGGAUUGGCUUGUAAACAUUAUUCAAGAAAACAAACAAUGAUUUAUUGUAUCGAUCUAUAAUAUAAUAUAACAUAACAUAACAUAAUAUAAUAUAAUAUAAUAUAAUAUAAUAUAUAUGUGUAAAUACGUAUAUACAUAAAAAG